GAAAACUACCUAGAUGGUUAGAUAAUAAUAGAACCUCGCCGCAUUGUACAUCUUAUCUUUUAUGUUAUCAGUGGAUGAACUUUGUCAGAGUUUAUAUUGGUAUGAACAAUAUAAUAGUCAGUUUGUAGGCUAGUGUUACUUGGGCCGAAUUCAUCAUUUGUAGUGCAUUAAGUAUAAGCGUGAAUGGUUUAUGGUUGAUGAUAAUCGAGCUAUAUUCAUGUAUAAAGACGGCUCACAAGCUUGGGACGCUAAAGAUUUCCUGAUACAACAAGAAGACUGUGUUGAUGUAACAAUUGAAAAUCAAGUGUACAAAGGUCCAGCUUCUCCAUUUGUUGAAGGAAACGUUGAAAAAGUGGAAUUAUAAUUGUUAUUUUCUAUUAGUUUAGUUUAUUUAAUUAUAUAAAAUUAUUCUAAAAAUGUCAAACUUUAUUUAUAUUUAUAUUAUUGGCUUUUUAGACAUAGCCAGUCUAGCCACAAUCAUGCCUUCAUUUAAUCGUCGUCUCUUAAAAUUUGGAGCUACUCACUUACAGAUAACCCUUCUAGAGUCUCUCUUCUCAACUUUUCAACUUAUCACAGGCCCUAUUGUUGGAACGCUGAGUGAUCAUUUUGGUCGUAAACCGUUGCUUUUGCUUUCAAUGAUCUUUAGUGUUCUUGCGUUUUUUGUCAUGGGGCACUGUGAUACUUAUCUAUCGAUUGCUGUCAUUCGAUUGAUGUUAGGUUGUUUCAAACACACCCAAAUGUUAGGAAAAUCAUUGAUUGGUGAUAAUGUACCUAAAACUCAACAAUUGAGCACCCAUGGAAAAUUAAACAGCUUCAUUUCAUUAGCAUUUAUGAUAGCGCCAAUUUAUGGGGGUUAUUUGUCUGAACACGAAAAUGGUUUUUACUACUUAGCUUGCUCAACCAGCUUACUUUGUGCCAUAAACGCCAUUAUUAUAGCAUUGAGUGUACCUACCAAAAUAAUUAAGACAACUGGUCUAAAAAAAAAUAUGUUUCACCAUUUAAAAGAGGUUGAUUGGAUAGAAUAUUGGCCAUUAUUGUUCAUGAGAAUGAUGUAUACUGCAACACUAUCAACAAUGAUGGUGACAUUUGGUUUUGUACUCAUAGAAACUUAUAAGCUCACACCAUCCCAAGUUGGUUACACAUUAUCAGUUAAUAGUUCAAUUGGCGUUGCCACUGGAUUUGCAGUUGCUAGAUUGGAGCCAUUCUUUCGAAAUUAUAGUUCAUUCAAAAAAUGUUUCUUUAGUUUUAUUUUACUGUUUGUUGGAUAUGUUUGUUUGUCAUGUGCUCCUAAUAUAACGUUUCACAUUGUGUGCAUGGUUCCUAUCAUUGCAGCUGGUACUCUGAUAGAAGUAUUUUUAAAUCAAAUUCUAUCGGAAACCUGUAUGGGUGAAAAUAGAGGUACUCUAGAAGGUGCUAUGACUAGCUCUAUCUCGGUAGCUCGAUCUAUUACUCCUGUAGUUGCUGGAUUGGCUAUGGAUAUCUAUGGUUCUAGUGGGGCAUAUGUUUUUGCAGCUCUAGCUGCUAUUUCUGCUGCUAUGUUGGCUAAAUUUUAUGAUAAAAAAACCAAACGAUCAUAAAUU